UAAGCGUAGAAAGAACGAAAACUUUUUGUGGCGGGCAUCGUAAUCACAUCAAUUCAAUUUCAAUGGCCACUUCUUGUACUCCAACUCCUUUUAUCCUAAGAAAGUCUCUUCUUUGUAUGCUGAAAUCCCUUGAGAAAAACCAUCUACAUUCUUUCUCUAGGGUACCCUUUUCUACUCUCUCUUUCUCUACUGAAUCCAAAAUCAUUUCCACCUCUUAUUCUCUUAAUUCUACCGAGAUGGAAGGAAGUGAAGUCAUUGAGGAAAUAACAGAAACACAAGUCACCUCCAAGAAGAAGAUUUUUGUGGCUGGAGCAACUGGAAGUACUGGUAAAAGAAUUGUUGAGCAGCUUCUAGCUAAGGGUUUUGAAGUCAAGGCUGGUGUCAGAGAUGUGGAGAAGGCUAAAAGUAACUUUGUUAAAGAUAACCCAUCCCUUCAAAUUGUGAAAGCUGAUGUAACGGAUGGAUCUGCUAAAUUGGCAGAAGCAAUAGGGGAUGAUUCUGAGGCUGUAAUUUGUGCCACUGGAUUUCGGCCUGGGUGGGACUUGUUUGCUCCAUGGAAGGUUGAUAAUUUUGGCACUGUAAACCUUGUUGAUGCUUGCCGUGAACAGGGUGUGAACAGAUUCAUUCUCAUCAGCUCUAUUUUAGUCAAUGGUGCAGCAAUGGGUCAGAUACUUAAUCCAGCUUACAUCUUUCUAAAUGUCUUCGGACUUACCUUAAUAGCUAAGCUUCAGGCAGAGCAAUAUAUCAGGAGAUCUGGUAUAAAGUACACAAUAAUUAGACCUGGUGGAUUGAAAAAUGACCCUCCAUCAGGAAAUGUUGUGAUGGAACCAGAGGAUACUCUUUAUGAAGGUAAUAUAUCCAGAGAUUUGGUUGCGGAGGUUGCUGUUGAAGCAUUAGUCCAUCCAGAAUCAUCUUACAAAGUUGUGGAAAUUGUCUCCCGUGCUGAAGCUCCUCGGCGCACAUACAAUGAUCUUUUUGGUUCUAUUAAGCAGCGUUGACUCUGUACAUAGUUAAGAGGUGGUAAUUUUGAGUUGUGAUGCAGAACAUUACAUACAAGUGAUAUUUCAAGUUCCAAUGGAUUUUCUGUGGUCA